CUGGCACUUUUUUCAUCUUCUUUCUUUGUUUAUAACUAAUCUUGUCAUCCCAUCUAUAUUAGACUUCUGUAUAUUACAUAGUAAGGAUCUCCAACACCAUGCACCUCAUUCUCACUGGCGCCACUGGGCUUGUCGGCUCCUCUGUGCUGGACGCCAUGCUGCAUAACCCGCAAAUUUCCAAAAUUUCCAUCCUGAGUCGGCGCAAAGUCGACAUGGCGGACGCAGCAGCCGAUCCCCGCGUCGAGGUUAUCAAUCACCAGGACUUCAAUGUGUACAAGUCUGAGCUGUUGGAGAAACUGGCAGAUGCAGAUGGGUGUGUCUGGGCUUUAGGGAUUAGUCAGGCCAAAGUGACAAAGAGUGAAUAUGUGACUAUCACUAAAGACUAUGCACUCGCAGCAGCCAACGCCUUUUUGACACUGAGACAAGGCAGGAAGCCCUUCCGUUUUAUCUAUGUCUCUGGCGAAGGCGCCACGCAAACCCCCGGCUGGACAUCUGUGUUAUUCGCCCGAGUCAAGGGGGAGACAGAGACAGCACUGGGAGAGCUAUCUGCAAAACAUCCAGACAAGCUCCGUGCGGACAGUGUACGGCCUGCAGCAGUGGAUGCAUCUGCUCAUACUUCAAUCAAGCCAUACAUUCCUUAUCCGGGAGCAAUGAUGCAUGGGCUCGGACUGCUGCUGCUUCCUCUGAUCCGCUGGGGUUGGAAGAGUGGCCACUCGCCCACGCAGCCGCUGGGAAUCUUUCUCACUGAUAUGGCAAUGGGGAAAUAUGAUCAGCAGAUUCAAGGGCGGGGGGCUUUUCGACUUGGGGGAGGGUGGGUGGUGGAGAAUGUAGGCAUGCGCAGGAUGUUAGGUUUGUAAUUUAAUAGUAUAUUCUUGACUAUUAGGGUUUUACUGAAGUGUGAUAUUGAGCUUAAUAACUAGUAUGUGUAAAU